AUGGGAGUGGUCAAGGACCGGGCCAGUGCCAGCAGUUGCUUCUCACCGUAUGACCAGUCUAGCGCGUCGAAGGUGGCAUCCAGCCCGUCCUUUCCGCGGAUCGAUUCCCAUAGGCCCACUUUCUUUAUAGCGAUGACGAUCCGCUCUUCCGAUAGGGUGCCUCUGGGGCCGAAGCUAUCACGCAGUGUGUCGGGGAGAAGGAAGGGGCCCUAUGGGAUGACAGUGAUCUGUGCACGGAUCGCUGCGGGGUGGAUGGUGGAGAUAUUGCAGCGAACUGCAAUGAUCGAGAAGCCAUCCUCGAUGGUUGUUGAUGCAGUCGUCGGUAACUUGAUUUCAGGUUAUGCAACACUGCAGAUUUUGGAGAGCCAUUUCGGACAGCUUGAUCUCUGUGAGGCGCAUGUAAAAACCGCGGUCGAGUCUGGCAGCUACUCUAUGCUGACCUUCGUGUUGGAUCGAUGUUCAAUCACCGAGGCCACGCCACCGGUGUUGUUAGCCGCCGCGGCUAAGGGCAGCUUGGAGAUGAUGAAACACCUUCUAAAAUUGGACAAUGCUGUUGUCACCGAAGAUAUUCUGAUUGCAGCAUCAGGAAAUUACGACUGUAACGUUGACAUGCUCAAGGUGCUUUGGAAUUUCGCCCCGCACAUCAAAGUUCCUCCUAGGAUGUUCCUGAAUGUUGAGGAUUCAUUUUUUUUAUUCGAGUGCCACGGUUGUUGGAUUUCUUUUUUCCCGAGUUAA